AAAGCUCGAUACAGUAGGUUGUAAGUCAGUGGUGUUUUCGCUGCCAGGUUUGUGUCUUAGUGUUAAAUUAAAUAAGUCCUGUGCUGCCGCUCAAGAUGAAGGCUGCUCUGCUGCUGAUUUUGACUGUUUGGUUAAACAGUCAGUACGGGGACUGUGCUCUCUCUUCAUGCCCCUAUCCUCCAUCAAAGUGGUGCUCAUCUCUGGACUCAGCUAUCCAGUGCGGGGUUUUGAAGGAGUGCCUCAUGUCUAACUUCACCAGGUCCCAUCAGAGAGGAGAUUCAGUCAAAGUGGGCCUUUACUAUGAGAGUCUGUGUCCUGGCUGCAGACAGUUUCUCUCUUUGAUGCUCUUCCCCACCUGGCUCUUGCUGGGUGACAUCAUGACUGUUAAUCUGGUGCCUUUCGGAAAUGCAGUGGAGAAAGAGCAAGGGCAGAAGUAUAUUUUCGAGUGCCAGCAUGGAGAACAGGAAUGUCUGGGCAACAUGAUUGAGACCUGUAUAAUGAACAUGACGGAUCUCGCUUUCCCGAUCAUCUUCUGUAUGGAGUCUUCAUCUGAUAUCCUCAAGUCAGCCAAAACCUGUACAGAAAUCUACAGCCCUGACUUGAGCUGGGACAACGUCAUGACUUGUGUGAAGGGUGAUGUGGGAAACAAGCUGAUGCAUCAGAACGCCUUGGAAACCAAAGCCCUGAACCCUCCACACCAGUAUGUGCCCUGGGUGACGAUUAAUGGGGAGCACACAGAGGACUUGCAGAAUAAAGCCAUGUCUUCUCUCUUCUCUCUGGUCUGCAGCAUGUACAAGGGUCCCAAGCCUGAGGCCUGUGGAGGGGAGCAGAAACACUACAAAAGCUACUGCCCCAAUAAGUGAAGGAGCAACACUGCACUUGCCUUUUAUGCUUGCUCUGUUCCAGGUGUGGCCACUACAUAAGCAACACUGAAGAGUGUCAUUAAAUAUAUUUUUUUAGUCUGUGA